CCCAACAGCUCAAAGUUUGUCAGGGUUUGAUGUUGACUGACCUCUAUUUAUUCCCUCUCCAAUCCCCCCUCAUUUCCCCAAACACCUCCUUUCCAUGUUCACCUUCAAGAAAAUGGCUCAUCUUGCCUUUCUUCUUCUGGGGUGUCUCUCCAUGAUCUCAUGUGCUAAUGGCUAUGUGAACAAUGGGGGUUGGACCAAUGCACAUGCCACAUUCUAUGGUGGAAGUGAUGCUUCUGGGACAAUGGGUGGGGCUUGUGGGUAUGGAAACUUGUACAGCCAAGGUUAUGGGACUAACACAGCAGCACUUAGCACUGCCUUGUUCAACAAUGGCUUGAGCUGUGGCUCAUGCUACCAAAUUAAAUGUGCAAAUGACCCACAAUGGUGCCUCCCUGCCUCCAUUGUUGUCACUGCAACCAAUUUCUGCCCCCCUGGUGGUUGGUGUGACCCUCCCAAUCACCAUUUUGAUCUUUCUCAACCUGUUUUUCAGCAAAUUGCACAAUACAAAGCUGGAAUUGUUCCUGUAGUUUACAGAAGGGUAAGGUGCAGAAGAAGAGGUGGAAUCAGGUUCACCAUCAAUGGUCAUUCCUACUUCAAUUUAGUCCUUGUGACUAAUGUAGGGGGUGCUGGUGAUGUGCAUUCUGUGGCCAUCAAAGGUUCAAGAACCAGAUGGCAAGCCAUGUCAAGGAAUUGGGGCCAAAACUGGCAGAGCAACUCUUACUUGAAUGGACAGAGUCUUUCCUUUUUGGUCACCACUAGUGAUGGCCGCAGUGUGCUCUCAUAUAAUGCUGCACCACCAAGUUGGUCCUUUGGACAGACCUACACUGGGAGCCAGUUCCGUUACUAACCAACCUUAGCUACAAUCACAGUACUGAGAGCCAGAUUAUUCUCUUGCCCAGUAAAUUCGAGGAUACUAGUAGCAAGAAAAAAAGACCUUUUGAUGGAACAUCAUUUCCAUGAAGUUGGGUACAUCAUGAUAAUAAGAUUGCAUUAAAAAAGAACUAAGCAAUAGUUUAAUAAUAGUGUACAUGUGUCAACAUUGGCCACAAAAUAGGUGGUCAAUUUAAUCUAGUCCCUUUUUAUAUAUCGAGUCUUGUUGCAACUUGCAAGGUUUUUGGCAGAAGAAUUCCUACCCUUGAUUUAUGCUAGGCUAAGCCUCAUGGGUGCUUCUGUUUACCUGCCGAAAGAAAAGUAGGUUAGAAGUGGGAUUUUGUGUGCCUUAUUGCACUUUGGCAGAUUUGAUUCUUGCCUUGUUCAGAAAGAUCAAUAUGAAAUAAUAAUUAAGUAUAUUUUUCUAUUA